GCCCAGCAAAGCCAUGUUGGCCAUUCGUAGCUACCUGACUGCAAAUAACAACCAGAAUUUCUUGUAUAUUGCAAGGCCAUUUUUAAAGAGAGCUGCUUUGGUAAUAAGCUAUGUGAUUCUCGUUUUGUAUUUUCGCCUCUGGAUAAUGGGAGGAUCCAUGCCAAUGUUUUCAGAACAGGACAAUCCAGCUUCAUUCUCACCGUAUUUACUGACAAGAUUUCUAACUUAUUCCUACCUUCUGGCCUUCAACGCGUGGCUCCUGCUGGCACCCAUAACUCUGUGCUAUGACUGGCAGGUCGGCAGUAUCCCUUUAAUCGAGUCGGUCUGGGAUGUGAGGAACCUAGCCACAGUCUUCCUGGUGCUGGUGCUGAUGCUACUCAGCCUACACUGUAUAGCUGCAUUCAAGAAACUGGAACACAAAGAAGUUUUGGUUGGCUUGUUGUUCCUGGUUUUCCCAUUCAUCCCAGCCAGCAACCUCUUCUUCAGGGUGGGAUUUGUGGUGGCAGAGCGAGUCCUUUACAUGCCGAGUAUGGGGUACUGCAUUCUUUUUGUCCACGGCCUAAGAAAGCUCUCUACAUGGUUAGAUAAGUGGAGAAUUACUCUUCUGACUCUCUUUGCUUUACUGCUGCUGCUGUUCUCUUGGAAGACCGUGAAACAGAAUGAAAUCUGGUUGUCAAGAGAAUCCCUUUUCAGCUCAGGAGUGAAGACUCUACCCCAUAACGCCAAGGUGCACUACAACUAUGCCAAUUUUCUGAAAGACCAGGGUCGAAACAUUGAAGCUAUCUACCACUACAAAACUGCUCUCAAGCUGUACCCUCGUCAUGCAAGUGCUCUCAACAACUUGGGGACGUUGACCAAAGACGUGGUGGAGGCAAAGGACUAUUACAGACGGGCCCUUCAGUUAAACCCUCAGCACAAUCGUGCACUAUUCAAUCUCGGCAAUCUGCUCAAGUCCCGAGGGAAGAAGGAGGAGGCUAUAAUCCUGCUGAGGGAUUCCAUUAAAUACGGCCCAGAGUUCGCAGACGCUUACUCAAGCCUGGCUUCCCUGUUAGCUGAACAGGAACGACUUAAAGAAGCAGAGGAGGUUUAUAAGGCCGGCAUAGAGAAUUGUCCAGAGAGCUCCGAUCUGCAUAACAACUACGGUGUUUUCUUAGUUGAUACUGGGGCUCCGGAGAGGGCUGUGUCGCACUACAGACAGGCCAUCCGUCUGAGCCCAACUCACCAUGUUGCCAUGGUGAACCUGGGCAGGCUUUACCGCUCUUUGGGUCAGAACAAAGAGGCUGAAGCAUGGUACAAAAGGGCACUGAAGGUAUCCCGGAAAGCUGAAAUCCUCUCCCCACUUGGGGCUCUAUAUUACAACACUGGGAGGUAUGAAGAAGCUUUGCAGGUUUACAGAGAAGCCGUGUCACUGCAGCCUUCCAAUAAAGAAAUCCGACUGGCACUGGCCCAGGUUUUAGCAAUGAUGGGGCGGACAAAGGAAGCUGAAAAGAUGACAAACCAUAUUCUCUACGAAGAUGCAGAGUGUCUGGAGUGCUACCGCCUUCUAUCAGCAAUCUACAGCAAGCAGGAGCACUAUGCUAAGGCACUUGAAGUUAUAGACAAAGCUCUUCAGCUAAAACCAAAGGAUCCAAAAGUCAUAUCAGAGCUCUUUUUCACUAAAGGAAACCAGCUAAGAGAACAGAAUCUCCUUGAUAAGGCUUUUGAGAGCUAUAAACGGGCUGUGGAGCUCAACCCAGACCAAGCACAAGCCUGGAUGAACAUGGGAGGCAUUGAACACAUCAAGGGGAACUACAUCACUGCCCGUGGCUACUAUGAGAAAGCUUUACAACUUGUUCCAAACAGCAAAUUGCUAAAGGAGAAUCUGGCCAAAUUGGAUCGAUUAGAGAAGAGGUUACAGGAAGUCCAGGAGAAAGACCAGACAUAGCAUUCAGUCACCAGUGGAAAGAAACUCAUGCCCCUUGGAAAAGAGUAUGGUGGAAGCUUAUUGCUAGAAGUGACACCGAAUGAACUUUGAUAUGACUCAGAAUUAUGGAAGGCAAAUUUUGGGUGCGUGCUUGUUUGACCAAAGUUACAGAAGACACUCAGCUCAUGAGGAACGUGCUGGAGAACGAAUGAAAACCUUCCUGUAAUCAAGUUUCCUAUUUAGGUUGACCCCACCUUAAUCACACAAGUAGUGUGGGUGGAACAUGUAGCUUCAAUAUCCUGGUUAUCGCUGGGGAAGCUGUGGAGACGCUCAUCCGUUGCCGUGGGAGUGAGGGAGCACCUCUUGUUACUCAACAUGGACUCACUUAAUCCGCAUAAAGUACCACUAAUGGGCUUUAUGGCAAGUGCUGCCAGGUCCUUCUAAGCAAGGAAGAUGGACAUAAUGGUUAUAUAAAAGGGUUUCAAGGGGUUAAUGCUGAGGAAAUGGUGGCUUUUACAGCUCUAAAUGUGACUUGAAAGUGAUCCUAAAGAAAGGGAAAAUAGUGUCUGAAUAUCACCCUAGGAGGAUGGGUCUACAAUUAGGACAAAUGAUCCUUCGAGGGAAAACCGCAGCUGAAUGUUUUACUCAUAAGAUAGUCAUUUUGUAAUAAUUCAGGUUCACGAUAUCAGUAUGGUCAAAUAUCAUAUGGCUUUACCCUUUGCCCUCUCCCUCCAAUAAUUAUAACUCUGAAAAAACUGGAAGCAUCCAAAAGCAAUGUGAAGCUCUAGAAUUACUUGUCCUCUUGUCCAGUCCCCAGUAGAAAACAAAUAAGCAAACAAACAAACAAGCAGACAAAACCAACUGAUCUGAUCAACAUAGGAGGUGAAGUAAAGCCACAGAGAGAUUAGAGACGAUUUGGUAGGCUGGAAAGGUACUAAGGAGGCUUUUUAUGGGUGUGCAGGGACAAAGCCCGUUUAUUAUGAUGAUAAUCAUAAUAAAUCACACUGAGAGAACGCAUUGUCAAAGUGUUCUCACCUCCUCCUCCAAGGGAUGCAGAAGCUGAUCAGUCUUAAAUCUAUAUUUUUAAAUACUGAAGUGGGGAAAUGAGUUCUCUUCAGAAUUGAGGCUUUUAUUUUUGAGCUUUAUUUAUUUAACUUAUAAUCAAAUAAUUAAUAUAUUUUCUCUGUUUUAUAAGAAUUGGGCAGUGUCCUUCACAGCUGGCCUCACGGCUGGGCAUUGUGACUCGUGUUGUCUGAAGUUAGAAAAUGCAGCACCGCCGAGGCAUGCUUGAGUAAUUUGCCCUGAUGGUAUUUUUAAGCAUAUGGCUGUAAAGCACAUUGGACCAAACUGUCAUUGCAAUAAUAGCAAACAGAGUUUGCAUCAGUUCAGCACAGAAAGCCUGAAGGGUUGGUGGGGUAGUGCUAGGUGCCACUGCCUGUUGGCAUGGACAGCUGGGUAGGUCAUCGGCUUGUUCCUCUUGUAGCAGGAAACUGCCACAAAGCUUGUUGUAUUUGAGCUUAAUUGUGCCUAGCCUCAGCAGAAGAGCAGCCUAAGCUUUGGUACUUUUAGUUAGGCAGAGUUCAGAUUAGGACUGUGCUGCCUUGAUACACAUCCUUGGGGAAAGGCUCAUGCGGCGGUGGCCCUCGCAACACCUGGGCUUAGCCAGUGCUGACCAGGUGUCCUCUCCACGAGCACCAAGUUCACUCCGUGGGGGGAGACAGCUGUGUGCUGGUGGCUGUUCUGGCCUUGUCGGAACAGCUUGGCCCAGGAGACCAGCCCCUGCCCGGAGGGCAGCUCAUGAGGUCAAUGGGAGGGAGAGGAUGGUCAGAGGAGGAGGACUGGUGCAGACACACUUUCGUGGGCUUUCCCCCUUCAAAUCAACUUCCUUAGUCUCAAGAGAGAGAGCAGCUGGGACCGCGACCGUGCAAGUUUUUAGCUAGCAAAUCUUCCUCUCUCACCCCGGGCCCAGCAGCCUACUUUUCUUUCCAGGGCCAAGGGCUUGGGGCUGGGUCAGCACCAUUUUGUCGCACAGCUUUUAUGGCUGUAGACCUAUUGACUGGGUGUAAAUGCAGAGGCCUAGAGCAAGCGCUCUGCUGGGUCCUUCCCAUGGAGUAGCCCUCAGGUGUCUGGCAUUGCACCACCGGGGCAUUACCAAAGGGGCUGGGAGGAGAUGGGGCGACAGUCCUGGAGCUGGUAGCCACGCUAGCAAAGCCCCAUGGGGUGCAGCGUGGGGAAACCAAAGUUUAAACGGCCUCUGAGAGCUGCCAGUUCCCCCGUGGGCAUUGCAUGAUUGUAUGCAGUUCAUAAUGGAUGUAUUUAAAGGUGUCCAGGCUGUGCUGAACUGCAGGAAAAGUUAGCUGGUUCCUACCUGGGCACCACAGGUUCCCCGUCAGGGUCUGUCCAUGAUAGUAGACAGUAGAAAGGGCAUCGUAUUCACAUAGAGCUCGCUGCCUUUUGCCAAGGAAAGCCUAUCUUCCUGGCACCACCACCAAGGCUAACCCCAGCCUACGAUACUGCUGCGUGAUGGCGAGUCUGGCGGUGGCAGAGCUGCGUUUGAUGAAGACCCUGACAGUGUCAUUGUCCCCCACAUAUGGAGCAUAUUCAGAGAGCAUGCCAACACUUAGCCAAAGGGGAGGGCAAUGGCUCAUUUAAAAAGGUGUAUGAGCUGUAAACUUAGUCUCAAAAAGGCACGUUAAAUAAAGACUAUGUAUUCUACAAGCCACACACUAGUAUGGCUUUAAAUUGUGGCCAAUGAAACAUAUUUUUUCAAAUAUAAGAGAAGGGAUAUUUUUAUAGCAGAGCUUUGGGAGGGAGAUGAGUUGGUUUUGUGUUUUCAAUUUUGGCAUAAAGCGGAGUUUGUCUUUCCUGAUCUCAUUCUUGUCCUAGAAUUGGGUCAAAGCUACCUUGACCUCCUAAAACUGAUGCAUGUAUACAGGUAUAAUAUAGCUUUUGGGUGUCCCUCUGAGCUCCUGGAAAAGAAUUACCUUUUUUGCCAGGGUAGCUUACCUGCAGAAUAAUAUAGGGAGACCAUCCUUCCAGUGAGGGAGGCAGCGUGGCUGGCAGGCAUGUCAUUAUGUUCACCCAGAAUUAGACAGGCAACAUAUCCAUAUAGUUUAAUCCUCAACUGCAUUAUGUUUAUAUGCUGAAAGGUUGAGUCUCCACAUCUGUGAGCUGAGUUUGUGGUAGUUGUGGGGAGAGGAGAGGUCAUUAAUGAACCCCACGUUCCUAAACCAGCACUUUAUAGCCCACGUCUAUGCAGGAUGGCAGUCUGCAGACUGGCGGAGUAUUUGGAGAAUGACUCAGGGCACAAACUACCAAAGCAGUUAAACCCUUGUGAAGAUUUGAGCUCACUCCCUGUCUCAUUGGCUUCUGUGCUAAAAUCCUGUGUUUGUCCAGGACAUCAGUCUUGUGAAAGGUUUACUGUAGGUGAAGAACAACGGACUAUAAUAUGAAAUGGGUUACCUCCACCAAAAGAGAAUGCCUAUUGUGAAGAUAAAUAGAGUGAGUUACCUUGUGAUAAACUGGAUAUUAUCCUAAUUAAUCAUAGGAAAUGUUCUCUUGCUUUUGCAUUACACAGUUCAUCAAAUAACAAAUUCUAAAUACAUUGGUUUCUGCCAAAGGCAUGGUGCUCAUGCCUGGUUAGCAGAGAUUACAAAUUAAUAAAUGGCUGACGCUCUACAUAGUGGUGGUGGGGUUCAUUCUGUGUCCAAGCAGCAUUGGCUAAACCUCAGCGCUUGUAUGAAUGCUCACCAGUAUUAAAGUGGAGAAUUAACUCAAGGCUGGUUA